AUGAUUUCAAGAAAAUUUCUUAACAAAGUAGAUACAUAUGUUAUUGGACAUUGUGGUAGUGAAAUAAAGUUAAAUGUAUAUCAAUCUAGAAGAGAUGAUGGUGUUUUGGUUGAUAAAAUUGAAUUUGGAAUAGAAUCAAAAGAAGUUGAGUUGCAUGAUAUUUUUAUUCAUUUAAAAUUUACUAGUUAUCAUAAUAAAAGCAGACAAAGUAGAAUUAGAAUACCCUCAAGUAUAGAUGAUGAAACUAAUGAAUUACAAUAUACAAAUAUAACUCCAGUGUUGGAUACAAUGAUCUUAAAACUUUUUAUUGUUGAAAUAUGUCUUAAAGAUGCUGCAAAAGAUAAAGAUAUGGCUAUUG